AUGGCAAGAGUGCAGUUGACGUUGAGAGCUUUUGUAGUGAGCUUUGUAUUGGGGGUUUUGUUCAGGUUCAUAGUUUUUAUGAAACUGAACCUUACGACUGGUAUUAUUCCGUCGCUAAAUGUUUCUGCUGGGCUUUUGAUAAUGAGGUUCAUAGACUUCAAAUUGAUUUAUCCAAGUGGGCACACUGCCACUGCACAUCUUAUCAAACAGCUUUCCACACCCCCUCCAGGAGCCAAGUUAGUCAAGGAACAAGUGAGAGAAUUGGGCAAGUUUUUUCUCUUUUAGCUUUUGUGGGGUUUCUUCCAAGGUUUUUCCACUGCCUGCAAGGAUGGUUUGGGAUUCUGUAAACUUCCUACAUUUGGCCUCAAAGCCUAUGAACCAAAAAUUUUAUUUGAUUUUUCUGCCUACCUAUUAGUUGGUGUUGGGAUUCUGUCCAUAUCCUAAUCAACAUAUCUUUUGCUUGUUGGAGCGAUUCUCUCAUGGGGUAUCAUGUGGCCUCUCAUAGACAAGGAAAAGGUCAUGGGAUUCUGCAGAAACUUAGCUUCAAGCACUCAUGGCCUGCAAGGUUAUAAGGUUUUCAUAGCAAUAGCUAUGAUCCUUGGUGAUGGUGCCUACAAUUUCUUCAAAGUCCUUGGAAAAACUCUAUUUGGUCUUUACAAACAAUUCAAUAAUAGAAAUGUUCUACCACUAGCAUCUCCUAAAGCUUCUUCACCUCUAUCUUAUGAUGAUACAAAACGAACCGAAUUAUUUCUCAGAGACCAGAUUCCAGCUUGGCUAGCUGUUACUGGCUAUGUUAUUAUUGCAAUAAUCUCUGCAAUUACAGUUCCUCGCAUUUUCCACCAGCUUAAGUGGUACUAUAUUAUAGUGAUAUACAUAAUUGCACCAGUACUAGCCUUGCAAAUGCCAUAUGGCAUGUGGGUCUAACGGUUAGGUCUUUAGCUCAUCCACUUAUGGAAGCUAGCUAUCUUUACAAUUGGAGGCACAUGGCAGGAUUCAUCUCAUGGUGAGUUCUUGCCAGGUUAAGCAGCAUGUGGUGUGAUGAUGAAUAUUGUAUCUACAGCAUCUGAUCUAAUGCAAGACUUCAAGAACAAGGUUACAUUGACAUUGACUUCACCUCGGUCCCAAGUUGUUAGUCAAAUAAUUGGAACUGCAAAUGGCUGUGUAAUUUCUCCUUGUGUUUCUUGGCUGUUCUAUAAAGCUUUCCACGGACCUUUGGGUCUUUCCGAAUCAGGAAUCCCAGCUCCUUAUGCUCUUUUUAAUCGAAAACAUGUCAAUUUUAGGAUUGAAGGGUUCUCAGCUUACCCAAAGCCACUUGCCUCACUCCUCUGUUACAUUUUCUUCGGCUGCAGCAUAGUUAUUAAUGCUAUUAGAGAUGCAGUGGGAAAGAAAGAGAGCCGGUUCAUUCCUCUUCCAAUGGCAAUGGCAAUACCUUUCUAUCUUGGAGGGUAUUUCGCCAUUGAUAUGUGUGUUGGGAGUUUGAUAUUGUUCAUCUGGCGAAAGGUCAACAAGGGAAAAGCUGACGCAUUUGGACCUGCAGUUGCUUCUGGUUUGAUUUGUGGGGAUGGGAUAUGGACUUUGCCUAGCUCAAUAUUGGCUUUGGCAGGAGUAAACCCACCAAUCUGUAUGAAAUUUCUGUCAAGAAGCCAAAACACAAAGGUGGAUAGUUUCUUAAGCUCCUAAAACUUGGGUUUAGAUAUAGGUUUUCCUAUCUUUUAAUAUGGCUUUAGUGACCUCCUCUUGUGCUUCUUACUUUAGCAGUGUGUUUCCCCCUUUUAGAAUACAUUCAUCAAAGGUAUAUUUUAUUAUUCCUUAGCUUUGUUUGCUAAUGGGUUUUAUUAUGUUUACUGUUAAGGAAAACUUGGUAUUGUUAUUAUUGCAUUCGAAGUGUUUUUAGAUAGUUUAAAGGCAUGCACGUGAAAUGGAAAAAAGAAAAAUAUAUCAUUUUACUGUUCA